AUGGCUACCCCCAGUGUCCUUACCUUUGAUGCUGAGGGUCCUGCUGUUGACUUCGAGGUCAAGGUCGAUGACCUGCAACUUUUCCUACUGUGCGAUAGGGCAGACGGACUCUCCCUUUUCGAUCUCACCUCUGGUGCCUCUCCUGCCCCGCCUAAUGAUGCUGACAGCACUGUUCGCUCACAGUGGGCCACACGCAAUGCUGCUGCCCGUCUUGCUGUGCGUCGCCACUUACUGACCACUGAGCGUACGCACUUUAGUCAGUACAAGAGUGCUAAGACCUUGUACGACGCUGUAGUUGCACGCUACUCUUCCCCUGCCACUGCUGCUCUUAGCCGCCUCAUGCUGCCGUACCUGUUUGUUCCCCUUCCCCCCUCUUGCCCUCUUUUGCUUCUGCUGCUGCGGCCGACCUCGUUGGUUUUGAGUCGGUCGGCGCUGCGUCUGCCCCUAGCGGGAGACGCCGCACCGGCAAGGGCAAGGGGGGCAAGGGCGCUGGAGGGGCUGGCGGGGGCGGUGGAGGUGGUGGUGGAGGCAGUGGAGGGGGUGGAGGUGGUGGUGAGAGUGGUGGCGGGGGAGGAGGUGUCGGUGGCAGCAGUGGAGGCGGAGGAGGCGGCGGCGGUGGCGGAGGGAGCGGAGGUGGCGGAGGCGGCGGCGGCAGCGGUGGAGCUGGUCGCGGCUCUGCGCAGAAGAGUGGGUCCAGUGGUGGUCCGCGCCAGCAGCAGCAGCGCAGUCCUAAGACCCUGUCCCCCCAGCAGCUUCGUGAGUGGUACGCUGGGCGUCAGCGAGGCUGCUGCUCUAGGUCCUGGUGAGGCUGCUGCUCUAGGUCCUAGUGCGUCUGCUGCCCCAGGUGCUGGUGAGUCUGCCCUCUCAGGUCUCUACCUCCCCUCGUUCUCUACGAACUUGGUGAGUGGAGCUGAUCUACAGGAUAGGGGGUUUGACUAG